AUGGAUUGGUCGAUUAACCACUCAACUCAUCUCAUCCUCGUUCCCGUUGCCGCUGGCGGGCUUCGUUCCGAGUCCCGACUCCCAUCACCGUUGUCGUCGGCAUCGCGAUGUGAGUUAUUGUUGGGGGUCCCUCAUCCGUUUUUACAUGUUUCGCAUCCGCAAGUGGCCUGGAUCUCCGCGAACCCCGGUCUACGUGAUGUGCUUCGGAGGAUUUCACGCGUCAACUCGUGCUUCAAGGACAUGCGAACUGGUCGUCCCCAUCGGAGCCCACACAUCGUGAACAGCACACCCCUUGUCGUUCCAACCCAUGGGCCAAUGCUGUGGCUAGGCCUUUGGCGACACCCCUUGGCCCUGCAACGACACCAAACCAAACAUCGUGAAAUGGACCGGGCAUGA